GACGUAGGCUAGCCGGAUAGCUAGCUAACAUCACAGAUCGCAACAACACAGGCAAAACAACACGGCGUGAGCAGCGGAAACGAGGAAGUGAAGUCGUUGAAGCCUUGGCAUCACUACGGAUUUGUUAUUGCUGAGGCCAAGACUCAUCCUCAGCGUCAUACGUUUCUGAUUUCUACGGGAAAAUUUGGAACAAUGAAUAAUAAAGCUUCUUAUCCUGCACAAGCUGUGUACCCCCAGCAGACCAAUGCAGCUCUGUAUCCCCCGGGGAUGCAGGCAUCUCCCCAGGCCCCACCUUACACAGAUUCCCCUCCUUCCUAUUCUGAGAUAUACCAGCCCAGGUUCAUCCAUCCACAGGCUGCCCAGGGCCAGCUGCACCAGAUGUCCUCUGCGUACCCUCAGAUGUACCUGCCCCUGCAGCAGUCCAUAGCGAUGGGGCCCAUGGGCCACGGCAUCCCCAUGGCGUACUACCCCAUGGGGGGGCUGUACCCACCGGGCUCCACGAUACUGGUGGACGGAGGGUAUGAUUCCGCAGCUCGUUUUGGAGCAGGCAGCGGCAGCACCAUCCCUGCUCCGCCCCCCGGGCAGCUCCCCAGCGCGGCCCAGCUGGCAGCCAUGCAGGGCGCCAACGUGAUGAUGGCGCAACGCAAAGGCGGCUACUUCAUAGGGGGGUCCGGCGGCGGCGGCUACACCAUCUGGUAACGGUGACCGCUAGAUGAGCCUCGCCCCCUCCCUCCCCAUCCCAAACCUCCCCCCCUGAGGCUGCCCGCGGGCCACGCCACAAUACUGACAUCACCUAACGGAAUGUAUUAUGCUAGUGCCCUGGGUAGAACACCCCCCCUCUCACUGGUGUCUCUAUAGCCCUGCUGUGUACCCUCCCACUGCCAGACUUUGAUUUGGAGACUGGCCCUCUCUUAUUGCUUAUUUGCACAAGAAUAGUGCUGCAGAAUUUUAAGGAAGUACUUUUAAAUUAGCAAAAAAUAAACAGAAGCAUCUUGCUUUACUGUACUUGCGUCUGAGAGAAUCCAGCUGACUUUCAGGUUUUCGUCUUUUUUUUCUCCCCCGCCUUUCCAAUUUCUGAGGAAAUUGACCCAAAAAACCCACAAUUCCUCAGGCAGAUAGCAGUCAGAAAAGGCAAAGCUUCGACACCUUCGUUUCAGGACAGUUGAUGCCGUAGGGUCUCCAGGGUAAAAGUGCUUCCCCUUUUUUUCCAUACAAAUGGAAAUUAGACAGUGAUUUUCUAGAUCAUUCUGAUGAUUUAGGUGUCCAUUAUAAUCUCACAAACAGGUUAUUGUGAAAGAAAGGAUGGGGUUUAGUUUAAUUUGUGCCAAAUUGAAAGGGAGUGGUUUGACACAUUUAAUCUUUAAAAGGCAGUAUUCCUGCCAUUAAAAGGCACCAGGCUUGAUAAUCUAAAUGUUUUAAACCAUCUUGAAAUGAUCAGACGAGGGGCGGGGCUUCUGGCGAUUAAUUUUAUCAGGUGCCAAAGUUUUAAAUGCACCAUUAUUUCAAAUAAAAACAAAUGAACUUACAAAUAUGGAGGGAACUGAUAUGGUUGGAGGUCCAGUUGUGUUUGGAAGGGUUGGUUGGGUGGCACCACUAAGUUUGGGUGCGCGCGUGUCCCGCAUUGUCUUUUGUCUGUCGGAUACCCAGACUGUUCAAACUAGCGUUGGUUUGUUUUGUAGCCGUGAAACUUUGCGGUUUACUGCCGAGACAAAGACGCAUGUCUCUUAAGUUUCUGAUAUUUCUAAACAACGGAAAUAAAUGAUUCUUAAAUUUUUAAAAAAAGAUAGCGUCCAGUAGCUAUAGCUGUUUGGUGUUUAUCAGCAACUUGGGUUUUCUUUUUUCUCAAAACACUGCACUUUGGGUGGCAAGUGAAGUACGCUCCUCAUUUCCCACUGAAUUCUGCCCUGUAACCAAAGAUCUGGUGUGUAAUGCACCGAAAUGCAGCAGUGGACAAUAAAGUAACCUCUUUUAUAAUCAGACAGAUGGUACUGAGAAAACCGAGGUAGCAGGCAUUGCACAUUUUGUAGGAAAUGAAAGUAGGUAUGUAGUGCAUUUAAUUUUGCACGUUUUUUUCAGUAGUUUUAACUAAAAACAUAACUUAAAUCUAAGGAAUAUCAUUGUGAAUUCAGGUCCUCUUGCAUAUUAAUUUGUGUGUGCUGUUGACCAGCUCUGAAAUAUAGCUUGGUCGGCUACCUUUAAAAAUUGUACACUAUUAGCAAUAACAUUUUGAUGGAUGGGAGACGAUUAAAAUAUAUUAAGUGGGUCUAUGAAGGAGCAUGCAGGUGGGCAUAUUUCAGAGGAUGGGUCAAAAUAUCUCCCUCUUGUACACAGCUUUUAAAAAAAAAAAAAAACCUUUAAAGGUUUUCAAUAAUCCUGUGCAUUCUCACCAGCAAGUUUGUCGAUGGAAGGAUACAUACAAUUAACUAAAACAAUUCUGCUCUUUAAAAUGUUCUCAGAAACUCGGCAUCUUAAUUUUUAGAUUUUCAUAUCUUCGGGACGGGGAAUAUUGCAUACAUUAUUCUGUACAUUCUUUGAAGGAUGUUCCCUGAAGUGCUACAUUCAUGAAUAAGUAAUGAGUCGAGGUAGGUCUGCUACAGGUUCACAGUGAGGUCAUACAGAGGCAUCUUUAAGAGGAAUGCAGACUUCUGCCACAUUCACAUUGGUUUGGAUUUUCAUUUUCUUAUGAAUAUAUUGGAUGAUUUUUUUGCAGCUUACUCCAUUAGCCUUUUCAUGGGUCAAUAUGCUCCCAACAGCUGGAUGUUUUUCUAAAACCUUGAACUGAAAAAAAUGUGAAUUCCCUGCUGUGUGGAGCAGAAGCACAAAUUCAUAAUCUCGUAGAACAACAACCUUUUCUUUUAUGUGGGGAUCGGUGAUGUCUGGACUUAUUUUAAUGCCAGAUGAUAUCAAGUGGUGUUCACAUUGUCAGUUGUAAGCUUUCUUUUUCAGAUUUCUUCAAUGUUAAGUGGUAUUUGUGAAUGCAUUAAGGCGCAGAGUGUUUUUUUCAAAUCUGCUUAAUACAGUCUUCGUGCCACUUAUUUGAAGUUUCCAGAAAGAUGGGAAUGGAGUCCAGUCUUGUAAUAGGCAGAGUAAGACGCUUCUGAUUACCUAAUAUAAACAUCUUAAAUUCCACAGAAUGUGUUAAAUAUGUUAUGUUUAAGCAUUUUCAUUUUUGAGGUUAGCAGCGAAGUGCGCCAAGCUGAAUCCGGACAGUCUUAAGGCUGGGUAUCCGACAGGAGAGGGGUUAACUCCCCACUGUAAUGCCAUCAUUCCUUAAUAAAAUGUUGUUCAAAUGCCAGCUCAGUUGCUGUCCACCCACUGCAUUCAGUUUCCUGCAUUUUUUCGUUUAACCUGCAUGUGAAAGUAGACAUUGUUAAUUUGUGGGAGUUUUGUUUGAUUGUGAAGUUAUUUCCAACCCCGAGGCUUGUAUGCAAGACACUACUUGCACUGUCUUGGCUGGUACAUUGUACACUGUACACACGUUGUUUCGUUUAGAAGAGCAUUCCGACUGAUUGUUACAUUGUCUCCUCAGCUUAAAGGAUUAUUAUUUUUUACUAAGCCAGUCAGUGUGUCACAUUGCUUUAAAUUCGUUUCGUCCCAGUCUGACGUUGACUUAAGUGUGCUUGAAAUGUUGUUAAAAUUAACUGCUGUGUGUACUGUAUAAAAACAAAAGGGGACACAGCUUUCCAAAACCAACCCUGGGAUUUAAAUGAUAGUCACGGUGUAGCUUAAUUUCUAUCUUUUUUAUCGGAAUAAUUUCAGAAGCAGAAACAGACCUAAGACCUAAACCUAAAAGGAAAUACUGAAUGACUUCUCAACCCCCACUUGAUAGAUUAUUCUGGAAGCAGCACCGUGAUGGUUUGAUUCCAGUGCUGGUCAACUCAUUUAGUGGACGCCACUCCAACCAUCAGUUGUGUCAGGCAAAAUAAAUCCAUUUGGGUUCAUGGACAUCAAUAGUUCAGGGAUUCUCUCCGAUUUUUUUAUAAAAGGCAUACAGUUAAAAGAUUUGAUGGAUUCUACUGAAUAUAUUUUAUCUUUUAAGAUUAAGAAGGAGCCAGGUGUCCCUGUCUUGUUUACUGCGUAUUAAGAGACCAUUAAAGAGCGGUCCUUAUCAGUUUGUAAUGGAACUGUGGUGCACUUAACUUUUUUAUACUAAACUUUAAUUGCUAUAAUUAAAAUUUAGAAUAAAGACUAUUUUGGAAAUUGAA